AUGUUCAAUUUGAAAAGAAAGAACUCAGAGAAGCCUGAUAAUUCGAAGAAAUCUAAGAAGAAUGCCUUUGACUAUGGUUCAAGCUCAGAGGAGGAGUGCAACCGUGAGUCAAAGUUCUUAAAGUCUAUCAAAGAUAGAUCUCAUAAGGUUUCAACGGAAGUAGCAAAUCACGACCCUACAGAACAAUUGCAAAAAGCAAUAGAUAAAAUUGAUUACGUCUCUGAGCCAAAGUAUGAGGAUAAGGAGACGGAACUGAAAUACUUGAAGACCUUUGUAAAUUCAACUCAAAGGAGGAGAAAUGAAAGACUAGCUGCGCAGUAUAUGAGCCAAGAAAGCAAAGCCAAGCAAGAUGUAGAAGUUUUUGAAAGUGACACAUAUAAAAAGGAAAAGAAAAAAGUACUUUCUUUGCAACAGAAAGAGGACGAAGAGGAGCCUAACGAUAAUAGUUCUUUUUUUAGCCACCUUAUUAGCACAAGACUAGGAGAAACCGUUACUUCAUCAGACAAUCAAGUCGAGACUAUACCAACACCUAAGUCAAUUGAGUUGACGGAUGUCCGAAAAACUGCAAAAGCAAUAAGAAGACAUGAUUAUGAGUAUCAAGCUCAUCCUACGGAAGAGGAAGAGACAGAAGUUGAUAUCAUGGCGGAGAGACUCAAAAAUUUUUUAAAAUGUACAGUUAGUGUGGAUGAUUUAAAAGGCUACAGAGAACGAUAUUGGAGUAGAAUGAUAUAA